CAAUAGUAGUAUACUCGCGGUUCUUGGCAGAAGUCCGCAGUGGCGCAAUCCGCUUGCAGAGGCUGACCAUGAAGCCCCACGCGAGACAAACUUGCUUCCUUAUGUAUGUUUUAUUUCUCGGUGUCACUGCAGAUCUGCAAUCACUGGAAGUCCACACCAAGCUCGGGAGCCUGAGAGGCGAGUAUGUGAGGGUAAAGGGAAAGAGCUCGGGGGUCCACGCCUUCCUGGGUGUUCCAUUUGCCAAGCCCCCCGUUGGCCCCUCUCUGAGACUGACUGCACCUCAGCCUGCAGAUGCAUGGGAAGGAGUGAGAGAAGCCACCAAGCAGCCACCCAUGUGCAUUCAAAAUGUGGAAGCUGUUCAAGAUCUGCUUAAGAAAAUGGAUGCCGGGGUGCUAGAUCUACCAGACAUUUCAGAGGACUGCCUUUACCUCAACAUUUACACUCCUGCAAACAGAGCCAACAAUGCCAAACUUCCAGUCAUGGUGUGGAUCCAUGGAGGUGGCUUUGCUAUGGGAUCUGCUUCUAUGUACGAUGGUUCUGCCCUGGCUGCAUACCAGGAUGUGGUUGUGGUUGUAAUCCAGUACCGACUGGGACUUCUGGGCUUCCUCAGCACUGGAGAUGAACACGUGUCAGGGAACUUUGGUCUGCUGGAUCAGGUACAAGCCCUGAGGUGGAUCAAGGAGAACAUCCACAACUUUGGAGGAAACCCAGAUUUAGUCACCAUAUUUGGGGAGUCUGCUGGUGGAGUGAGCGUUUCCCUCCAUCUUCUUUCACCACUGUCUGACGGACUGUUCCACCGUGCCAUUGCUGAGAGUGGUACGGCUGCAAUGGAUUUACUUGUGGGUGGUGAUCCUGUCCCAAUGAUGCAGAUGGCUGCCAAUUCAUCUGGUUGUAGCCUUGAAAGCACAAAGAAGAUCAGUGAAUGCAUGAGAAGCCUUGAUAUCAAUACCAUCAUCACACUUGCAAAGGAUGUGAAUUUGAGAUUUAAUAUAUAUGUUGAUGGACACUUCCUGACAAAACCUGCAAAUGAGCUGUUUGAAAAACAUGAACUCAUCACUGUGCCUUUCAUGACUGGCGUUAACAACCACGAGGGGGGAUGGAUUUUACCUCAUUACUUUGGUCUACCAAACUGGUCAGAAGGGAUGGAUCGGGAGCACGUUGUGAACUUUCUGUCAAUGUUAUAUCCUAAUCCCAAAGAUGCAGUCAUGAAAGAUUUGAUUGUAAAUGAAUAUGUUGGGACUGGUGAAGAUCGUGUGAGAAACAGAGAUGGAUUCACCCAGGUGAUGGGAGAUUUGUAUUUCACUAUUGCAGCAAUCAAAACUGCAAAUGCUCACAGAGAUGCAGGCGCUCCUGUAUACCUGUAUGAGUACCAGCAUCCUCCGUCAUUCCUACGGUCAAAAAGACCAAGCUUUGUUGGGAGUGAUCAUGGAGAUGAGAUGUUUAUAGUGCUGGGAUCUUGUUUCACAACUACCCAUGUAAAAUUAACUGAUGGGUGCCCUGAAGAGGAGGAGGAGCUUAGCAGGACCAUGAUGAGCUACUGGGCCAACUUUGCUCGCACUGGAUCUCCCAACGGGGACGGCCUUGUCCACUGGCCAAAGUAUGGAGCAGAUGAAGAGUACCUGUCCAUUGAUUUAAAGGAGCAGGUAACUGCUCAACACCUGAAGAAGAACCAGUUCAUCUUCAUGACUGAAAUCCUGCCAGAGAAGAUCCAGCAGCAUAAAGAGGCACUGGAAGUCCACACCAAGCUCGGGAGCCUGAGAGGCGAGUAUGUGAGGGUAAAGGGAAAGAGCUCGGGGGUCCACGCCUUCCUGGGUGUUCCAUUUGCCAAGCCCCCCGUUGGCCCCUCUCUGAGACUGACUGCACCUCAGCCUGCAGAUGCAUGGGAAGGAGUGAGAGACGCCACCAAGCAGCCACCCAUGUGCAUUCAAAAUGUGGAAGCUGUUCAAGAACUGUUUAAGAAAAUGGAUGCCGGGGUGCUAGAUCUACCAGACAUUUCAGAGGACUGCCUUUACCUCAACAUUUACACUCCUGCAAACAGAGCCAACAAUGCCAAACUCCCAGUCAUGGUGUGGAUCCAUGGAGGUGGCUUUACUUUGGGAUCUGCUUCUAUGUACGAUGGUUCUGCCCUGGCUGCAUACCAGGAUGUGGUUGUGGUUGUAAUCCAGUACCGACUGGGGCUUCUGGGCUUCCUCAGCACUGGAGACGAACACGUGUCAGGGAACUUUGGUCUGCUGGAUCAGGUACAAGCCCUGAGGUGGAUCAAGGAGAACAUCCACAACUUUGGAGGAAACCCAGAUUUAGUCACCAUAUUUGGGGAGUCUGCUGGUGGAAUGAGUGUUUCUUUCCAUCUUCUUUCACCACUGUCUGACGGACUGUUCCACCGUGCCAUUGCUGAGAGUGGUACGGCUGCAUUGGAUUUACUUGUGGGUGGUGAUCCUGUCCCAAUGAUGCAGAUGGCUGCCAAUUCAUCUGGUUGUAGCCUUGAAAGCACAAAGAAGAUCAGUGAAUGCAUGAGAAGCCUUGAUAUCAAUACCAUCAUCACACUUGCAAAGGAUGUGAAUUUGAGAUUUAAUAUAUAUGUUGAUGGACACUUCCUGACAAAACCUGCAAAUGAGCUGUUUGAAAAACAUGAACUCAUCACUGUGCCUUUCAUGACUGGCAUUAACAACCACGAGGGGGGAUGGAUUUUACCUCAUUUCUUUGGUCUACCAAACUGGUCAGAAGGGAUGGAUCGGGAGCACGUUGUGAACUUUCUGUCAAUGUUAUAUCCUAAUCCCAAAGAUGCAGUCAUGAAAGAUUUGAUUGUAAAUGAAUAUGUUGGGACUGGUGAAGAUCGUGUGAGAAACAGAGAUGGAUUCACCCAGGUGAUGGGAGAUUUGUAUUUCACUAUUGCAGCAAUCAAAACUGCAAAUGCUCACAGAGAUGCAGGCGCUCCUGUAUACCUGUAUGAGUACCAGCAUCCUCUGUCAUUCCUACGGUCAAAAAGACCAAGCUUUGUUGGGAGUGAUCAUGGAGAUGAGAUGUUUAUAGUGCUGGGAUCUUGUUUCACAACUACUCAUUUAAAAUUAACUAAUGGGUGCCCUGAAGAGGAGGAGGAGCUUAGCAGGACCAUGAUGAGCUACUGGGCCAACUUUGCUCGAACUGGAUCUCCCAACGGGGACGGCCUUGUCCACUGGCCAAAGUAUGGAGCUGAUGAAGAGUACUUGUCCAUUGAUUUAAAGGAGCAGGUAACUGCUCGGCACCUGAAGAAGAAGCAGUUCAUCUUCAUGACUGAAAUCCUGCCAGAGAAGAUCCGGCAGCAUAAAGAGGCACUGGAAGUUCACACCAAGCUCGGGAGCCUGAGAGGCGAGUAUGUGAGGGUAAAGGGAAAGAGCUCGGGGGUCCACGCCUUCCUGGGUGUUCCAUUUGCCAAGCCCCCCGUUGGCCCCUCUCUGAGACUGACUGCACCUCAGCCUGCAGAUGCAUGGGAAGGAGUGAGAGACGCCACCAAGCAGCCACCCAUGUGCAUUCAAAAUGCGGAGAUUGUUCAAGAUCUGCUUAAGAAAAUGGAUGCCUGGGUGGUAGAUCUACCAGACAUUUCAGAGGACUGCCUUUACCUCAACAUUUACACUCCUGCAAACAGAGCCAACAAUGCCAAACUCCCAGUCAUGGUGUGGAUCCAUGGAGGUGGCUUCAAUAUGGGAUCUGCUUCUAUUUACGAUGGUUCUGCCCUGGCUGCAUACCAGGAUGUGGUUGUGGUUGUAAUCCAGUAUCGACUGGGACUUCUGGGCUUCCUCAGCACUGGAGACGAGCACAUGUCAGGGAACUUUGGUCUGCUGGAUCAGGUACAAGCCCUGAGGUGGAUCAAGGAGAACAUCCACAACUUUGGAGGAAACCCAGAUUUAGUCACCAUAUUUGGGGAGUCUGCUGGUGGAGUGAGCGUUUCCCUCCAUCUUCUUUCACCACUGUCUGACGGACUGUUCCACCGUGCCAUUGCUGAGAGUGGUACGGCUGCAAUAGAUUUCUUUGUGGGGCGUGAUCCUGUCCCAGUGAUGCAGGCACUUGCGAAUGCAUCUGGUUGUAGCCUUGAAAGCACAAAGAAGAUCGGUGAAUGCAUGAGAAGCCUUGAUAUAGAUACCGUCAUCACACUUACAAAGGAUCCAAAAUACAUGCUUCCUUUAAAUAUUGAUGGACAUUUCCUGACCAAACCUGUGAAUGAGCUGUUCGAAAAACACGAACUCCUCACUGUGCCUUUCAUGACUGGCAUGAAUAACCACGAGGGGGGAUGGCUAAUGGCUAGUUACCUUGCUCCUCCAAACUGGACAGAAGGAAUGGAUCGGAAUAACAUCGUGGACUUGCUGUCUAUGAUCUACCCAAAUCCCAACGAUUCAUUUAUCAAAGAUUUGAUUGUAGAAGAAUAUGUUGGGACUGGUGAAGACCGCGUGAGAAACAGAGAUGGAUACACUGAGAUAAUUGGAGAUUUUUAUUUCACUCUUGGAGCCAUCAAAACUGCAAAUGCUCACAGAGAUGCAGGCGCUCCUGUAUACCUGUAUGAGUACCAGCAUCCUCCAUCAUUCCUGAGCAAAAAAAGACCAAGCUUUGUUAGGAGUGAUCAUGGAGAUGAGAUCUUUAUAGUGCUGGGAUUUUGCUUCACAACUACCCAUGCAAAAUUAACUGAUGGGUGCCCUGAAGAGGAGGAGGAGUUUAGCAGGACAACGAUGAGCUACUGGGCCAACUUUGCUCGCACUGGAUCUCCCAACGGGGACGGCCUUGUCCACUGGCCAAAGUAUGGAGCAGAUGAAGAGUACCUGUCCAUUGAUUUAAAGGAGCAGGUAACUGCUCGGCACCUGAAGAAGAAGCAGUUCAUCUUCAUGACUGAAAUCCUGCCAGAGAAGAUCCGGCUGCAUAAAGAGACCAUGGAGCACAGCGAGCUUUAGAACAGUCAAGUCUGUAUGUGGAGACUGAACACAAGUCUUCAGUGUACAUUUACAUAAUUUUAAAGAUGCAAAAUUUAAGGCAUUACUGUUGUUCACUGUUUUUAUAUCAUCUUAAUGAUCUUGAUUGUAAUGUAAAAUGAUCACUUCUUCUAUAACUUUUAUUCAAUACUUUUCAUAAUUUUAUCAAAUAAAAAUACUACCAGACCCAGGUGCUAAAAACAAAACAAAAAAAAAACUAUAUGCUUUUUUCAGUCUUUGAAAUUUCAAACCUGUUUCUGUGGAAAAUCAAGUUAUUUAUCAUAAACACUGAUGUUCAGAAGUAAUGUGAUAACUUGUGCUAACUUAAUAAUCAUUUCAGUUAAUGAUAGUUUUAGACAAGUAAGAUUUUGCAUUUUAAUAUCAUUUAAGCUACUAUCUUCAUUCUGAUUAUGCAAAAUUGUCACUUUUUCUUUUUUC